AUGGAAACGGAAAUAAAGGUGAAGAUGCUUCGCCUCGUUGCCUACGCAUCCGUUGCUUUAUCUGUCCUGUCCGUUCUGGCCGUUUCCGCUACUGUACCACUUCUCUACAAGUAUGUGAACUACGUGAAGCGUAGCUUAAACGAGGAAGUCCAGUUUUGUUGGGAGUCCGGCAAAGAUAUUUGGGAGGAAGUACAGAAUAUGAGAACCAUUCCUUAUGAAGGAGGACGAUUAGUGAGACAAGCGUAUCACAACCAAACGUACGAGUCUGGGACUGAGGACACAUCAACAUCUGACCUUAAAUGUGAGAACUGCUGCCUUCCAGGACCUUCAGGCGUAGCUGGCGCACCCGGUAAACCUGGAAAGCCAGGGAGAUCAGGGUCACCGGGAAUGCCUGGCAAUCCAGGGAGACCACCCCAGCCACCGUGCAGUUUGGUCACCGGUCCUCCUUGCCCUUCUUGUCCACCUGGACCACCCGGAUUACCUGGGGCUCAGGGUGAAUCAGGUGAACCAGGUCACGCAGGGACACCUGGAAUCCCUGGUGAAGACGGAGCACCGGGACCACCUGGCCCUCCAGGGCUUUCAGGAGAGUCAGGUGAAGAUGGGAAACCAGGAGUGGAUGGCAAACCGGGAACCCCUGCCCCAGAAGUGCUUCCGAUUCCUGGACUCGCGGGUAAAUCAGGAAGACCUGGUGCUCCAGGUGCACCUGGACAGCCCGGGAUACCUGGUGGUGGUGGAUCCGCUGGAGCACCUGGCCUGAAAGGAUCUCCAGGGCUGAACGGAUUGCCAGGUGAUGAUGGACCACCGGGGAUGCCAGGCCCUGUUGGACCUCCCGGCCAACCUGGUGCGAGAGGGACAUGUGCGAGUUAUUGUGCUGCUGAUGGCGGUGUUUUCAUUGAUGAGUAG